AUGUCGAGCAAACAUAAACAAACGACCUGCUUCCCCUCGCCAAGAGGGGAUCUGAAAUGCCGAGACAUGGACGAGGAUAACGGCAUGUUCAGAGUCCCACACACAAUCGGCAGUGUCCUCUGCUGCAAAUGUGGCAUUCCCGUGCAGCCCGACGCAGCCAAUAUGUGCGCCAAAUGCCUAAGUUCCGAAUUUGACAUCACAGAGGGGCUUCAGAAGCAAGUCAUCAUAAUCCACUGCCCUGACUGCGAAAGCUAUCUUCAGCCUCCCCGAACAUGGAUCAAAGCCGAGCUCGAAUCUACAGAUCUCCUCACAUUCUGCCUCAACCGGCUCAAGAAUCUCCGCAACAUCGUCAAAUUGUUUAACUCGGAGUUUAUCUGGACCGAGCCCCAUUCCAAGAGGAUUAAGGUCAAGCUAACUGUCCAAAAGGAAGUCCUGAACGUCUUCCUUCAGCAGGACCAGCUGUGCGAGUCUUGUUCAAGGGUUGAGGCUAACCCGGACCAGUGGGUGGCUGUAGUCCAGCUGCGGCAGAAUAUUUCCCACCGGCGAACCUUUUUCUAUCUCGAACAGCUUAUACUGAAACACGAUGCGGCUAAAAAUGCCAUCAAGAUAAAGCAAAUGGAUCACGGGAUUGAUUUUUUCUUUAACAAAAGGAGUCACAGUUUGAAGUUUGUCGAGUUUGUGGUCGAGAUCAGCCCCAUUUGCCUCCCGCCAAAAGUUGCGGUCGGUUUGGGAAAUUUCGGGCCACUCGUGAUAUGCGUCAAGGUUAGCAACAGCAUAUCUUUGCUGGACCCUUUUACCCUCAGGCAGAGCUUCUUGGAUGCAGAGCUUCUUGGAUGCAGAGCAGUACUGGAGGCUUUGCUCUCGAGCAGGCAGCUCGUCGAAUAUAUAGUCUUGGAUGUGGAGCCUGUGUCUAGUGAGGUUUAUAUUAGUGGCUUGAACUUGAAGUACGUUUUGGCCGAUGCCCAGGUGGCACGCGUGUCGGAUUUCGGCAAAAACGAUACGAUUUUCAACAUGAGGACUCAUGUGGGACAUCUCUUGAAUCCGGGCGAUUAUGCUCUCGGUUAUGAUAUAUAUGGAGCGAAUAGUAAUGAUAUUGAGUUGAAUAAGUACAAGGGUCUUGUUCUUCCGGAUGUUAGCUAUGAGGAAAAACGGCAGAGGAAGAAGGGGAAGCCUCGUUCGUGGAAGCUUAAAUCUCUGAAUAUGGAAGUUGAUAAUAGUGGUAAGGGUGUUAAGGAUAAUAAUGCGGAGAAGUUAGAUAUGGAGUAUGAGCAGUUUUUGAGGGAUUUGGAGGAGAAUCCUGAUUUGAGGUUUAACCUGUCACUGUACCGGAAUAAGGAAUAUCAGCCAUCGGAAAUGGCAUCAAUGACGGAUGGUGAGGAUUUGCCGAGUGUGCCGUUAGACGAGCUGCUUGCGGACCUCGACUUGAGUGAUGAGGAUGUUGUUGUUGAUGACGAUGGUGAUGCAUGA